AUGCCAAUGCCCUCUAUCCUUAUCACCGGGGCAAAUGGCUUUGUUGGGCAGGAGUUGGCCACGGGACUUCUGAAUGCCUGUCCUGACACUCGUCUCACACUUACAGACGUUACCGUGGCCCCUCCAGUUCCACCUUCAGCAAAACCAGAAGAUGCCAGUCGCGUUACCAGCAUCAAGGCAGACCUGACUUCGCAGGCCGCUGUUGACGAGCUCAUCAGCUCUCCAUCCCAAUAUGAUGCGGUUUACAUUCUUCAUGGCAUCAUGUCCGGUGCUUCAGAAGCCAACUUUGACCUGGGCAUGAAGAUCAACUUCUUCUCGGUACAUUACAUGUUCGAAAGGUUGCGAAAAGUGAUUCCAGGCGUAAAGGUUGUCUUUGCAUCUUCGUUGGCUGUCUAUGGGCCUACUCCCCCUGGAUUCAAGAUAAAUGAACGAAAUAUCCCACCGCUCCCUACAUCUUCUUACGCAACGGCGAAAGUUGCAACUGAGCUACUCCUGAAUGACUAUUCACGCCGUGGCUUCCUUGAUGGGAGAUCUGUUCGAUUGCCUACUGUUACUGUCCGGGCUGGUGCCCCCACAGGAGCUGCAAGCAGCUUUGCUUCCGGUAUCAUACGUGAGCCAUUGAAGGGCGAGAAGAGCGUUAUUCCAGUCAAGAAAGACACGGAGCUCUGGAUAUGCUCUCCAUAUGUCGUUGUGGAAAACAUGAUCUAUGCCAAAGACAUUCCAAAGGAGAAGUUCGGCGACUCCAGAGCGGUAAACCUGCCUGGAAUUAAGGUUUCUGUUACCGAGAUGCUGGAUGUUCUGGAGCAAGUUGGCGGAAAGGAGAAGAGAGCCUUGGUUGAGGAAAAGUAUGACGAGACGGUUGAUAGGAUUGUCCAAGGCUGGUCCCCCAACUUCGACAUUACAUGGGCCAAAGAACUUGGAUUCAAGGAAGACAUCUCGUUCUUGGAAAGCGUCAAGCGAUAUGCAAAGGAUCAUGUUCACUAA